AUGUGUUUUUUGUUCUUUAAUUUCAUUAAUUUCUGUGAUGCCUUGAAAGAGGUAUCAUUUGGUAAUGCUUCCAAAGUAUUGUCGACGAACACAAAAACUAUGAAUUGUCUACCUGUUGGCAGAAAAUAUUUUUGGGCCGUUGCAAAAGCAGAAACAGAGCGACUUGCAUUUGAUGUGCCCGAGUUGAUGCAUAAUUUGAAUAUACUGAUCGAUGAAACGGAAGAAACGAUACGUCGUACCGAUCGUCAGAUGCGCUUUCUAAGGGAUCAAACAACAGCCCUUGAAAAUGAUCGUGAGCAAAUAAAAGCUGCGCUGGAAAAGGAACGCGAGGAACAAAACCGGAUGGAUCAGUUGGUUCAACUUUUAGAAGGGUACGGAUUGGAAUUGAUUAAAGAGUUUUCUGGUGGUUUUUUCAGAUUUACUGAAUUAUGUGAUGCAGAUGAAGUGACUCUAGAUCAUUGUCGGGAGUUAUUCCAUACAAUGCAAAGAGAGUUCUACGAGGAGUAUCGUUUGUUUAAACUGGAAGAAGUUGCUAUCGCUAGUGUUCUACCACUGAUAAAGCGUUACUUUUCCACAUGGGAUGCGCUUGGUAGUACACAUGCGGACUACGGUAUUGCUUUGAUGACUGAGUGGAAAAGAAUACUGGAAGUGGAGGAAAGAGGGAUAUUCAACACCACAAAAAGUCUAGGCUCUUCAAUCUUGAAUUUUUUAGAAAACCUGUCACCAUUUGAAAGAUUGCUCUGGGAUGGUUGGAUGCCGGCAAUGCGAAAAGCGGCUCUACAGUGGAAUCCUCGGGAUGGACCACAGCAGAUGUUACGCAUCGUUGAAAUUUGGCUGCCCUUAUUACCGUUAUGGAUGAGAGAAAAUCUUCUUGAACAGAUCAUCAUCCCACGCAUUGCGGCACAGGUAGACGAAUGGAAUCCACUGACUGAUCGCAUCCCAAUUCAUGUAUGGCUUCAUCCGUGGCUCGAUGUUAUGGGCGACCGAUUGCAGCCUGUAUUUUCGCCUAUCCGGCAAAAACUGGCGAAAGCGCUCAGGGAGUGGAAUCCAACAGACCGGAGUGCUUUGUCGAUGCUUCGCCCGUGGAAAGGCUGUUUUGCUGCAGCGACAAUGUCAGCAUUUUUGUCAAUGAAUAUCAUUCCAAAACUUGAGAAAGCUUUGCAAGAAAUGAUCUAUGAUCCAACGAAAAAUCAUCGGUAUGACGAAUUUUAUGCCACAUUGGAUUGGAUCGAAUUAAUCGGUGCAGAAGGUGUAGCGGGAAUCUUAUCACGAAGCUUCUUCCCCAAGGUAUUAUUAUUAUAA